AAGGAGGAAUAAAGGAGGGAAUUAAAUAAAGAAAAUAAAUAAAAAAUGGUUACAGAUACGCAAAGCCCUCCGCCUCUUUCCACUCUCGUCCCGCUUUGCCUCUUUUAGGACGCGCGAGAGAGAGAGAGAGAGAGCAGAGAGAAGAGACUCAUAAGCGUAGGCACAAGCUCUCUCCUCUCUCCCUCUUUCUCUUUCUCUUUCUCUUUCUCUUUAUAUAAAAAUACACAUUCUCAGAUUCUGUCGUCGACGUCGUCUUCGUCUUAAUUUGUAACACAUCUCCAUCGCCCCCAAGCGUCGCAGGUUUGAUUUGAGGUUAUAAAGGGAUGGGAUACAUAGGAGCACAUGGGGUAGCAGCUCUUCAUAGACACAAAUACAGUGGUGUGGAUCACUCUUACCUUGCCAAAUACGUUCUCCAACCUUUUUGGAAUCGUUUUGUCAAAAUCUUCCCUCUCUGGAUGCCACCCAACAUGAUAACGCUUACGGGGUUCAUGUUUCUCAUCAUAUCUGCGCUCUUAGGCUAUGUAUACUCACCUCAGUUGGAUUCUCCUCCUCCUCGAUGGGUUCACUUGGCACAUGGACUCCUUCUGUUUUUGUAUCAGACAUUUGAUGCGGUUGAUGGAAAGCAAGCACGAAGAACAAACUCCAGUAGCCCACUCGGAGAGCUCUUUGAUCAUGGUUGUGAUGCACUUGCUUGUGCGUUUGAAACGAUGGCAUAUGGGAGUACUGCUAUGUGUGGAAGAGAUACUUUCUGGUUCUGGAUUAUAUCAGCUAUUCCAUUUAUUGGAUCUACAUGGGAAACCUAUUUUACCAAUAUACUGACUCUCCCGGUAGUCAAUGGUCCUACAGAAGGUCUUGCACUUAUAUACUGUGGUCACUUCUUCACAGCCAUUGUUGGUGCUGAAUGGUGGGCUCAGCAGUUUGGAGAGUCAAUCCCCUUGUUUAGUUGGGUGCCCUUCUUGAACGAGAUUACAACAUCAAGAGUAGUACUAAUAACGAUGGUUGCUUUUGCUGUUAUACCAACACUUGCAUUCAGCGUGUCCAAUGUAUACAAAGUUAUACAGCCAAGAAAAGGAAGCAUGUUUGUAGCAUUAUCUAUGCUGUUUCCAUUCGUUGGGCUACUUGCAGGAGUUUUGAUUUGGGACUACUUGUCUCCAACUGAUCUCAUAAGAAACUACCCUCACUUAGUUGUACUGGGAACUGGUCUUGCAUUUGGAUUCAUUGUGGGAAGAAUAAUUUUAGCUCACAUAUGUGAUGAACCAAAAGGAUUAAAAACAAACAUGUGCAUGUCACUGCUUUACCUUCCCUUUGCACUAGCAAAUGCUCUAACCGCUAGACUCAACAACGGGGUUGCUCUAGUGGAUGAGUUUUGGGUGCUUCUUGGUUAUUGUAUAUUCACAAUGGCACUAUACAUGCAUUUUGCAACCUCAGUCAUUCAUGAAAUCACUACUGCACUUGGAAUCUACUGCUUCAGGAUUACACGUAAGGAAGCUUGAAGGAAGCUCAAGGGAGGAUAAUGCAAAUCCCAACACGAAUCUUAAUAUUAUUUUUUCACUGAAAUUAAACGACUGAUCGAUAUAUUUUUGGAUGAAUAGCCUUUAAUCUUAUUAUUUUGUUUGGUCGAAAUAGGUAAUUCAUGUAGAACUAUUUUUGUAAUGUUUCUACGAAAAAGAAUGAUUUUUCGUGAUUAUUUAUUUAUGAAUUUGGUUUUAUUGAUUA